AUGACACUGGUUGCACCACCACCACAACAGUGUCCUUCAAUGCCGUCUCCAACCUCAGUACCAAAUGGUGUAGCUCCUUCACCACCUCCACCUUGCUCAGGAUGCAUAAAGCUACAUGCUGAUAUAAAACAGAAUAUGCAACAAAUGAUGGAUAAAUUUGAUUUGAUCUAUAUGCGAUUGGAAAGUUUGAUGAAUGAAAAGGAAAAAAAUCGACUGAUUGUUCAUGAUCAGGAAAUGAGCGAAAGCGGUAGCGAUGAUAAGGAAAAGAAUCGACUGAUUGUUCAUGACCAGGAAAUGAGCGAAAGCGGUAGCGAUGAUAAGGAUGUUCCUUCUCCAGCCGAUAGCCGUGCGUCGCCGAACACUGCGCAAGGUAGUCGCAAACGAAAACCGAAUAAGGAAGCUGUGCACAGAGUCGCAGAUGAUGGACAAGACAUGGCUAAUGCUACCUCAGGGGUGUCCGAAGCUCCAGCUGCGCCGGCAACUCCUUCAACACCCGCAUCGACGCCGGCGACAGUGCCAACAUCUGGUUUCGGGGACAUGGAUCCAUUGGCUCAACAACAGCAACUGCUUCAAUUUAUCAUGCAGCAAUCUCUAGGUGCUGCUGCAGCCAGUAGCACUCAUCCAGCCCCGGCCUCGACACCUCAGGCAACGCAAGGUGCCACCUCUAUGCCAAUGACUCCAUCAACCCCCAUUUCCAACAUGAAAUCCGAACAACCCGAUCCGCAAGUGCUCAUGGAACAGCUCCAACAACAAUUCAAAGAGGUUCGUUCAGUGCCAUCUUACCUCUCCCAUAACGUCCUCAGACAUUCCCAUCGGCAUUGGCUUAUUCCCAGCAAUCUUAUCAUCGGCUACCCCUUCGGUAUCCCUCGUCGAACCCACGUUUUUGUGUUUUUUGCGGCAUUUUACGUGCAUUGUUCGUAA